AUUGAACUGGAGGACUACCCAUACUACAUGUGUAUGGGCUACAAGCUGCCACCUGGCUACGCGUUCUCCCUCAUGUUUCGACUGAGUGGGUUCGGUUACUGGCUGUCUGCCUACUUCAAUCGCGACAUCACAGGCAUCUCUUCGGUUAGCUUGGGCGAGAUUUCCAACCUUGACAGCAAUGCAGACAUGAUCAAGGAUGAUGAUCAGUGGCACUAUACCUGCAUCGACCUACAGGCCAUCAUAGCCAAUGGGUUCUCCCCACCAGACAGCUACGAGUACAAUGGUGUCCACAUCCUGGAUGGGUUCGGGUCUACGCAGACGAAGAUCCUGCGUCACGAGGGUUCUACGUGGACGAAUUCUCAUUCGCACACUUUGCAAGAACACUGGACAUUGAGACUUAUGUUCCUCCCUCAUCUGCUAAUGGAAUAAUUCUUGAGAACAUCACUGCCACCAAUGAGAGUGCUGCCCUUGGCAACGGUGUGGUUGCUGUGACGGUGAACCUGGAGUUUAUCCCCCUCGAUUGUGGCUACGACUUCACUCCAUUCUCUGCCGAGUUGACCAAUGAGCUCGACACAGUGGUCCAGGAUGUAUCGGUGAUGGAAGUGCAGGAAGCGAGUGAGCCGCUGGGCGGAGUCUUCUCACUGGUUGUCAACGGUGAUGGCUACAAUGGACAAACUGACCCUCUCCCUCACGAUGCUAACACAGAUGAAAUCAAGGCAGCACUAGAGGCAAUAUCAGGGAUUGGGACAGUCACAGUGACCAACGGACCCCACCUCACUUCGGACCGUUACCAAACGGGAUGUCCCGGAAGAUUGAUUCAUGUCCAGUUGGACGAUCUGGCAGGAGACCAGCCAAUGAUCUCGGUGGUGGCUGAAGGUCUGAGUGGGGAAAGUGUGAGUGUGGUGGUGAGUGAAGGGGUGCCCGGAGGAAUGAUGGCCUCUCCAGUUCCUGGACACAUGCUGCAGACUGUUGAGAAAACUCCUCAGGUCCACGUAAAGGUUAAAGGUCAGCUUGCGUCAUGCAGUGGAGACCACACCCUCUACCACCAGUUUAACCCCAUUUCUGACGACACUGACUUCUGUUCCUUCUCCUACUCUCCUCCCUCCACCCCCCACGUCACCUCCGUCUCACCAACCACCGCUGGAGUUGGUGAUACUGUGACUAUCAUGGGGUCAGGGUUCACAGACGAUUCCAGUCUCAUUCUGGUUCUGUUUGGAGACGUACCGUGUGACGUGACGAGUGCCAGUAGUGACGAAGUGACGUGUGUGUUGGAAGAAGGAACAGCCGGCCAGAAACAGAUAUUCCUUCAGGUUGUCGAUGGUAAUGGUGGAAUUGCAGUCAUUGGUGAUUCAGUUGUUCCCUUAGAGUUCACAGUAACCGUUGACACUGUGCUUCCUGGAGAAGGCAGUCAGAUUGGUGGAACUGAAAUCACAAUAACUGGAAUCGGAUUUGCUCUGACUUCAUACGAUUUCGAUGAAGGGAAUCCUGGGAAUGAAAUUCUGUUGGAUGCAUACCAACGGGCUGUGGUUGCCAAUGGCGAUGGUUGCAGUGGGGAAUGGCGGAAUGUGGUGGCAUUAGGAGGGAUAGAGUGUGUUAUAAUUACUGCUGAUCACAUGACCAUCACAUGCAUCACUCCGGCAAAUCAGAAUCCUGGAACCACCGAUACAUAUGAUGUAACAGUCGGAGUAGUAUGUUCUGAUGUUGGUUCCACCCCAGCAAGUGGAGUAGCAGCUGGAGGAUUCACUUACUCAAACCUUCUUACUCCAGAAGUCAUUGGAGUUACCCCAGACCAGGGGUCUAUUCAUGGAGGAAAUUCCAUCACAAUUACGGGAACCGGUUUUUUAGAGGACCCCUCACAAUUAUCCGUGAAGCUUGGCGAUGCUGAGUGUAGCAUCACGUCUGCCACCUCAACAUCAAUCACCUGUACAAGCCCCGCCUACCCCGGUGGUGUUGUCCGCGUGUCAGUCACGGUAGAGGGGAAAGGACUUGCGGCUGGAGAUGUCGAAUACGAGUUUGUGUUCUCCAUAUCUUCCAUAUCUCAUUGUGAAGGUUCCCUAAUGGGUGGACAGUUGCUGGACAUCAAUGGAGAAGGUUUUGGCAGUGAUUCGUCGAAGGUGGAAGUGUCUCUGGGCAGCUAUCCCUGCCAAGUAAAGGAGAUGUCCAAUACACUCAUUCGUUGCAUCACAUCCACGACGACAGACACCCACAUUAUUGACAACAAUGCCACCAGUACGGAGUAUGGACUUGGGUAUGUAUGGAACCCGGACGAGAUCACAAUCCGAGUCGGAGACUCCGUUCUCUGGAACUGGUACGGGACUUCCUUCACACGGCGGCUGAGCGUGCAGCAAGUGGCAGCAAGGGGAGAUACAGUGCCCAUGGAGGGAGGGUUUGCCUCAGAGAGCAGUGUUCGUGGAAGCUUCAGUCAUCAGUUCACAGAAGUCGGAGACUAUUACUUCAUUGCUGGAGGUUAUGGGCAUAUUGGUUUCUAUGGCACCGUCCACGUGGUACAACAGGCGGACAUCUCCGUUCCUCUAUCUCUCACCGCCAACUCUGUUCCCAUGGAGAUACCUCCCUCUGCAACCUGUGGAGAGUCCACGCCCCCUAACCCCUUCACCCACUACACAUUCUCCGUCUCACACACCCCACUAAUUCUCCCCGGGGGGACGCAAGUAUUCUCCUACGUGGACGAAAUCGCAGUGGUCAGUUCAGGGUUGUCCAGUACAGCGGACCACAACCUAUUCACAAUUGGGGGUUUCCCCUGUGACCAUUCCACGAUGUCAUCUACAACUCUGACUCAACCCGACUUUACUGGUCCCGCCAAUAACGCCAUCACUUACCAAGAAGGGAUGGAAAUUAUUUAUUGCGAGGUUUAUGAGGUGGAUCCAGGGACAUAUCGUCCCAUCCUCCACGUCGCCGGGAAGGGGUGGGGCUUGGCGACCAGUGUCGUGGAGAUUCUCCCCUCUGUGACGAUCGAUGCCGACCAGGAACAAUUCGGAUCGUUACGAGGUGGAAAGCUUCUCCAUAUUUCCACAGAGGGACUGUCAUUUGACGAUGUCACGAAGCUAAGAGUCGAGAUUGGCAACACCCCAUGUGCUGUGCAGCUAAUUGUAGGUAAUGAGGAUCUGUACUGCCUCACUCAACCUGCUCGUGACGAUGGGUAUUCCUCCAUUGUUAAAGCCCUCAAUCCUAUUGCCUACUGGACUUUGCAAACCGAUUACCAUGAUAUCAACGGUCGAUAUUUGGGAUCUGAUGGUGGGGAUACCAUCUUCAGAAACGAUGGUAGCAUUGGCAGUAGUGGAGAUGGUAGUGUAAGAGGCAACGUGAUAGGUAGAACGCAGGGCAUAUCUGGGAAUUCACUGACCGACCAAGCUGUUCUGUUCAACAACUCUUACGUUGAGAUUCCAUUCCACCCCGAAUUCGCCCGGCUUGAGGGGUUUGAAAUGGGGCUGUGGCUGAAGAUUGCACCUACUGAAGAAGAGACAGAUUCCAGUGGAUCUCUAAUGCCCUCCAUUAUGGGAUCUGCGAUUGGAUCAGGUGAGGCGGCAAGUGGAGGCAGUCUUUCUCCAGAAUAUCGUGGACCGUACCAAAUCGUAGUUGACUUUGCUUCGUACGUCGACGGCACAGCUGGUGGGUAUGUGAUUGUCAUCAACCCAUGUGGCCAGCCCGAGUUCUGGCUGGCAAGUGGUCACUCCCACCAUAGUUUCUCGGGUACCGAGAACUGUCCUCUUUUAUCCCUCUCCGACUGCUCACCUUCGACCCCCGAAACUUGUACAGGAUUGUCGGUGGUUGCCACGGGCUACCUUCCGACUGGCGUGUGGAAUGUGAUCAGGUGCGGUGAUUGCAAUCUUGGAACGGACUGGGGACUUGUAUCGGUGGGAUUGAACCCGAACUCAGGUGCAGGGGAGGAUCCUCCCACAAUAAAUCAAGUAUUCCAUUUCAACAACAGACUCGUGGGUAGUUUUGCUACUACGUACUCCCCUCCACUUGAAAGGCCCCUACUAAUUGGCGGUACAGAUAGACUUCCAGGUGGUGGAGGGUUGGAAGGGCCAACUCUAUCUUCUUCACAUCUGCCCCUGACUGCGUUUUUGGGUCAUAUAGACGAAGUGAGCAUGUACGAUCGUACUCUAGAAGGUGAGAAGAUUGCUGAACUCCACAUGUAUGGGUCAAGUGGCAAGCAGAAGAUUUGGAUCCGCGUGGAACCUGUGGAUGGUAUCAGUCCCGGACACAACCUUGAUACAGUGUUGGAAUGGAACGGUGCCUUUGAUGAAGUUCAGAAUGUGGACUGGAACGGCGUCAGUGAUGCUGAAAUGGAAAUUGAUGAAGGAAAAGCACUCCAAUUUAAUUGGAGCGGUCUAAAAGGGGUGUGGCAAGUCACCAAGGAAACAUACGAAUCAUGUGACAUAACCAACGAGCCAAUAAAGGAGUGGUCUCCCCCGAGACUAGGAGGGAAGGUUGUUGUGUGGAUGAACCGUGGUCAGACACAUUACUUCAUUGACCCUGUGGCCGGGAAAUGCCUUAGUGGCUCUAAAAUAAAGGUCAAAGUGGGUCAAGUGCAAGUGGUACAAUGGACCAUAGACACAGUCUAUUCUGAGAUCUCCAUUCCCCAAGGCUCCGGUCUCCUAUUCCAGUGGUCCGGGUCCACGUUCCAUGACCUCGCUGAGAUGUCAUCUCCUCAAUCCACUUCUCAAGACUGUACAUUUGUGGGAAGCACAGCUCAAUCUCUCGGAAAAGUUGUAAAUGCUUGGCAAGCCACUCCCACCACCUCGGGAGAGGUUUCUGUCACAGGACUGUCUCCCGGCACCCACUACUUUGUCUGCUCUCUUGGUAACCACUGUCGGAGAGGGAUGAGGGUUAACGUGACCGUGACAACAGAGGACCAACAAGAUGAUGGCAGUAGUACCACGGGCACGAUUUCACAGAACCAUGUGGUGGUGUGGAAGAUCCAGGACUAUUCGCCUCUGACCAUCUUACAGGGAGACAAUCUCACUUUCACUUGGGAGGGUUUCCACUCUCUGCAUCAGGUUGAUAAAUCUACUUACGAGAUGUGCAACACCAGUGCUAAUCCAGUCCACAUUUGGGGUGACCCAAGUGUUGAUACUGCCGUUCUGUUAACCGAUCUCCAACCGGGAGACUACUUUUUCAUCUGCUCCAUUGCCGGGCACUGUGACGCCGGAAUGAAGAUUGCGGUGACGGUGUUGCCAAGCGACAACCACCCUACACUGCUGAAUCCAGUCGCAGCUGUUUGUCAUUCGGCCGGCGGCUGUUCAUUUGAGUACGGUUCACACCUAACUCCGUACAUUCUCAAUGUACAGCCUUCCAGUGGUGCAGUGGGGACUGAGAUUGUCAUUAUUGGUUACAAUCUCAAUUACGACGGGUCCACAAACCAGAUUCUGAUAAUGGUCGGACUCUCCCAGUGUACAGACAUAACGGAAGAAGCUCCCGAGACAGAAACAGACUCUUUCAGAUGCACAGUAGGUGAAAAUGAAGCCGGUUAUCACUUCGUUGAUUUCACCAAUCACUUGGGACGAGCUGCCGUCGCCCCAUCUGAAAAAGUCCCCGGCCCCCACAGGAAUAUAUCCGAACCCCACGGACCACACUCCCCCUACCCUCAAUUUCUGCUUCUUCCGGUCUUGUCCUCCAUUUCUCCGAGUAUGGGAAGCAUUCAUGGCGGUACUAGGGUGACCCUUGUUGGUUCUGGGUUCAGCCCCUCUCCAGGACGAAUGAGUGUAUUGCUCGGAGACUCUGAAUGUGCAAUUACAAGCUCCACUUACUCUGGGAUAGUGUGCAUUACAAGUGAGGGAGAGGAAGGAGACGGUGAAGUCAUGGUGAGUGUGAAUGGAUAUGAAUCCGACACAAGUGCUACAUACGCAUACUCUUCAUCUUCUACACCAACUCUUUACUCGGUCGACCCUGCAACACAUGUCUUCAGUGGAAGCAAUAUUCAUAUUUCAGGUGAAAACUUUGGAACCGAUCUGUCAUCUGUUAGCGUCCUCAUUCUGAGUGGAAUUGAGGAAUGGGAGUAUGACAGUACGCCUACGGAAUCCUUGUGUGAAGUACAGUCAGUGACUGACACAACCAUCACCUGUUCUCUACCGGUGAAAGCAGCAGGAGAACAUUACCUGGUUGUUCACGUGACAGGCAAAGGCCUUGCUACCUCCGGCCUCACAGUCUCGUAUGAGCUAACUUUCACUUCCUUCUCCCCUGUUGCAUGUGGUAAUGGCGGGGGCGUGGAAAUCACAAUCACUGGUUCUGGAUUCCCAGACUUUGACGUCGGUGAUGAAACAGAAAGUGACGAGUCUUCGAUUUUUGUUUCGUUCUGCUCAACUGAAUGCGAGGUCAUUAGUUCUUCACUCACUGAAUUGAAGUGUGUGUUGGACACUCCCAGUGAAGAUGCCAGCUCAACGUGCAAUGAUAUUAGUGUGACGUACAACGACAUGAGAACGAUAGCCGCUCAGAGUUUCGAAUUCCGUGAUGACCUCACUCCAAUUGUGACCGAUAUCUCGCCGCUUAUUGGUGGGACGGCAGGUGGGACUCUUGUUACUAUUCUCGGAAACAACCUCCUACCACCUGCAGCAACAACACCAAAUGAAGACGACGUCAUUGUUACUAUAGAUAGCGCAGUGUGCGUCUGGUACGGUAUUGGACUGGUUCCGUCGCAAACAUCAAUUGAGUGUCGUACAAGUGACCACAGAACCACUCCACUGGCAGAGGUGAAGGUGUUUGUCAGCGGCCGGGGAUUUGCACUCCCUGAAACUCCAGACACACAGAUUUGGUUCCAGUACAUUGACCGAUGGUCCAGCCCCUACACCUGGGGAGAAGAGGGCCAACUCCCAAAAGAGGGCGACUCGGUUCUAAUCCAGAAAGGCCAGAUCGUAUUCCUGGACGUCAAUACUCCGGUUCUGAACCUGAUUCUUGUGGAAGGGGAACUUGUUUUUGAGGAUUCACAGGACCUACACUUGCAGGCAAAGUACAUCUUCAUCAAUACUGGCAGACUGCAGGUUGGGACAGAGGAUUUGCCCUUCCAACACACAGCUAGGAUCACUCUCCAUGGAAACGUGCGAGACCCAGAGAUACCCAUAUACGGAGCCAAGGUAUUGGGGGUCAGGCAAGGACACCUAGAUCUUCACGGUCGUCCAAGACUGCGGACGUGGACCAGACUGGCCACCACUGCCAACGUCGAUAGUGAAACCUUGGUUCUGACCGAAAGUGUGGACUGGACACCAGGAGACAAAAUAGUAAUCGCAGCAACUGGAAAGGACGGAAACGAGACGGAAGAGAAUGAAAUUGCUUCAGUCUCUGACACUGGAACUGUCCUCAAUCUCGUGCAUAAGCUUGCAUACAAACACCUGGGAGUCACAGAGGUUUUCGAAGGCGGCCACUCCAUAGACAUGAGAGCAGAAGUGGGUCUCCUAUCUCACAAUGUUAUUGUGGAAGGGUCACGGAAUGUCGGUGGAAUGGGACUCGGGGAAGACCAGUAUGGGGCUCAGAUCAUGAUACACCGGAGUGGCCCCGAUCCAACGCCGAUUCGGAUCGAGCACACUGAGGUGCGAUAUGGAGGUCAGGCAUUUCGGCUGGGGAGAUACGCAAUUCAUUUCCACCUGACUGGAUCGAUGAGCAGUUCGUACGUGAGAAACUGUGCAAUUCAUCACUCUAACAACCGAGCUCUAACGGCACAUGGGGUUCACGACCUUUUGGUGGAGGGGAACGUGGCUUAUGACAUCAAAGGGCACACAUUCUUUGUGGAGGAUGGAAUAGAGACCAACAACAGCUAUAUUCAUAACCUCGGAGUCUUGACUCGUGGUUCUUCGUCUCUACUGAACACGGACCAGAUCCCUGCCACCUUCUGGAUCACAAACCCGCAAAACAAGUUUGUCGGGAACGCCGCCGUCGCAUCACGAGGAUACGGGUUUUGGUACGACUUGGAUCGGUUCCCAUCUGGGGCGUCUUACACUACGCAUGUCUGCCCCAAUAGAGAACCAUUUGGACAGUUUAGCAAUAACACCGCCCAUACUUGCAAUGAGUUUGGGCUGAGAAUAUGGGAGGUAUACACGCCUUAUGAGAACGGGUGCUGGGGCGGUAAUCCAUCCAAUGCAACACUGUACAAUUUCACGACUUACAACAACGGUAUCCACGGUGUUGAGUUCUCGGUCGUCGGUAAUGUGAUUGCCGAUGGUUUCAAGAUAGCAGACAACGUGCAGACUGGGUUUGAGAUCACAGAGGCUCUGGGAGACUGGAGGGAAGCUGUCCUUCAGAAUUCACUGAUAGUUGGCCACACCUCCCACGACUCUCAAACAACAGGCGUCAGAACGGGUAUUAGGGUUCAGAACCUGGGGAGAUUCGUCGUAUCGAAUGUCACCUUUGUGAACUUUGAUGUCGAUCAAAUGGAGUGUCUGCGUGCGUGCUCCCACUGCAAAGUGCGCGAGGGAGGAAUGCAGGUGUGGUUCGAGCAGCUGAAGUUUUAUAACUCACCGAGAAAGGCAGCUUUUCAGUGGGAACACGAGGUUCUGUUCAGAGAUCUGGAUGGAUCUCUGACUGGUCACCCAGAGGGAGGCUGGGUCCUCCCCAACUCAGCCCUCCUUCCUCCCACCCACUGCUCCCUCUCCGUCCCCGAGUUCUCCGGCAACUCACAGGUGGGAGGGGCCAGUUGCACCAGCGACGUGUACUUCCUGAGACUGGCAUGGAACCAAGCCCAGCCAUGGGUAACCUUGACUGGAGUGUCAGUAAAUGUAACCAAUGAGUUUGGUUUGAGUGUUGUGCCAUGGCGACACUAUCGACGUACUCACAGAAACGGCUACAUGUGCACUCUCCCAGCCACAUACCCCCAUACCAUUGUCUGGGAUCUGCCCAUUGAGCACGAGGUCGACACUACAUUUUACAGUGCAGGUGUCUACAAUAUUCGUCCAACUGAUCACGUGACAAUCACCCAUCAGUUUGUUCAGCUACCAGACCAUGUCAACCUGGGAGGCAAUUACGAGCCAACUGAGAGUGGGCAGCUACCUCAGUACGGAGUCGACCCCCAUCUGUCAUGGCAUAUCAACAAUAACACUAACCAUACAACAAACGUGACAUACCUCAUCACUGGUGAGAGUACAGCUGAGACAGCUCCCGAGUACUCGGAUGUCCUGUACACCUACAAGUACGAACCUUGUCCUAGAGACGGCUGCAUCGUCAUUGACGAACAUACUGGACCAUAUGAAAUCAGAAGGUGGAGUGACAUUGAUUCCUGGACCAACGGGGAGCCCCCUGCUGCGGGAGAUGAUGUCACAAUUCACCCACAGUGGCUCAUGAUUGUAGAUGUCUCUCCGCCUCCACUCGGUCGUGUCUUCGUCCAUGGAGCAUUGGAGUUCGAGGAUGGGAGAGACUACAACUUUACUGCCAACCUGAUUCUCAUCCAUGGUCCAAAUUCACGAAUGAGAAUUGGAACUGCUGAGUCUCCAUUCCAAUACCGAGUAAAUCUGACCCUUACCGGUCGUCGUAGAGACAGCAUUCUCCCGCUAGCAUCUGGACUGAUACUUGGAUCAAAGACCAUUGGUGUGUUUGGAAAUGUAUCGAUGCAUGGAAGGCCACGUGAAGUGACCUGGACACGUCUCUCGUCGUCAGCCAUGGCUGGGUCUUCAGUCAUCGGUGUAGAGACCAAUACAAAGUGGCUGACUGGUGACCAGAUAGUUAUUGCUCCCUCCGGCUGGGGAGUCACCGAGGGAGAAAUCAGAACCAUCACUGCCAUCUCUGGACAAGAGAUCACACUUAAUGAGCCUCUUGAGUAUAGUCACAAAGUUUACGAUUUCCUGGACCCCUCGGAUCUGAAUGACCCCUCAGAAACCCGCUGGUGGAACGACGGUGGUCGCAUGGCCCCCGAAGUUGGUCUCCUCUCCCACAACAUUGUGAUUCAGGGUGGCGAAGACGAGGCCGAGCCACUGGAGACCAACCACUACGGUUGUCGUCUAUUGGUUGGUCGCUACCGAGCAGGCUCUACGGUCUAUAGUGGUCUCCUUUGGUUGGAUUCGGUAGAGUUUCGUCACUGUGGCCAGGGUGGCUACUUCUCCCCACUUGAUCCACGCUACUCCAUCGCCUUCCGCAGUAGUCGUGAAACAUCAAACGGUAGCUAUAUCCGUGACUGCUCCAUCCACCACGGCUACAACACUGCCGUAGGUGUCCACGCCUCAAAUGGUGUCACAGUCUCGGGGAACGUGGUAUGGAGAACUGUUGAUUCUGCUUUCAAGAUCGGCGGAUUGGAAAACAAGGCUCUCAACAAUCUAGCAGUCUACACAACCACUGUACAACCAAAUAGACCUCCUGAUAAUCAUGCGGUUGACUUUCCCGCCUGUUUCGAUGUGGAUGCCGGGAACGUUGUCCGUGGCAAUGCAGCUGCUGGAAGUACUCGUCUUGGGUUCAGACUGGCGGGAGAGCCAUGUCUUGAGGGUAGACAACCUCCAAGCUAUGAACAGGCUCUGAUAAGAAACAACACGGCCCACAGCUGCCUGGCCGGUCUUAAUAUCCUAGGCCUCCCCACCGACUGUACAGCAGUGACUGGGUUCACAGCCACCCACCAGUGGAACUACGCCAUCUUCUCCUCCACGGCCAGCUCUCUGGUGGUGGCCAGAGUCAGGGUCUCGGUGGGGAAGGUGGGGCUGAAUCUGAACGUGUUUGGUCCCAAUCCAGUCCAGCACUUCAUUGGAGGGAAAACCAUCUCUUUGUCAGACUCAAUCAUUAUUGGAACACUGCCCGAAGACACUUGCUCUGAUUCUCAGCCAAGUUGGACUCCGGGCAGUUCUUCCAUCAAACUGACCGAGCCAAGUUUUGGAGUGAUGAUGUCGUCUUUCAAUCAGGCCAGGAGCAAGCUGGAUGGGACUGCGCAGUGGCACCUCAUGAAAGGCUAUCCAGUCAUAGAUGGUGCUCUUCUAACGUCUGAUGUGGUGUUUGCUCGAUUCACGGCCAACUCUGAGCACUGUCCGUACAAAACGUUUGCCAUCGGGAACAACCCACAGAGUCCUGAUGCAGUUCACCCUGCCGUCAUGACAACAACCACUAUCCUCAACUGCCACCCGGACUCUCUUGUCUUCUUCCAUGAUCCUAAUCCAGAUUGGAUCAACCAAGAGGACUGUAUUGAUAUGGAUUGUGAUGGACCCAAGCAUGCUCUGAUUGAUGACAGAGACGGGACAUUCCUGGGAACACACCCACUGAAGGGAUCAGUUGUACCAUUUGCUGAGCUCAGGUUUGCUGACUACAGUCACAGACUGCCUGUGACAUGGGUAGAGAACAGUGGGGAAGGAGACACUCCCAGUCAAAUCCUCCAGGACAGGGGAGAGGGUGUUGCCAAGGGCCAGCCAAGUGUUAACUGUGAAUGGAAGGAGGCGUGGAAUGCCUACAGCUGUCAUUCUCUGGACCAUCGUAUUCUGGUGAUUGAGUCAAUGGAUGCUGACACAGAGACGAGACGGCUGUCUCCACUGGCUCUCGACGGAGGAGACACGGGGCACGGGCCAUACACUGAUCUCCUCAACGGACCAAUGGACCAUGGAUGGUGCACCUACUACACUUGCCUGAAAAGACUGUCGACCUUCUUCACCAUCGUUGCAAUGGGCACAGACUACCACAUGUGGAUGACAGGGUCCAACCCAUCACAUCUGAGGUUCCAUGUCCUGAACUCAGGUCCAGAGGAAGCUCUGAGGCUCCACAUCUGGUACAAGAAUCCCCAGAGAAAGGAUGUCUAUAGAGAUGGAGUGUACAUCGAGGCGACCAACACAGUGUAUCUGGAGAACUCUGCCAUUAGAGAGGAUGGAGGAGAUGAGAACAUCCCUCCACUGAGCAACAGCCACUCUGGAGCCAACUUCUUUGAUAGGGAGACUCAGAUCAUGUAUCUGCUGAUAAAGGGGUCAUCCCCAGUGGAAAUUCGGACAGCUCCUGUCGUCCAGGUAGCGGUGGAUCUGGCCGUCUCAUUGGACGAUUUCUUCGACCCCAAUAACCUCAUUUCUCGUCUGGCCUUUGUCCUAAAGAUUGAUCCGUCCACCAUCAGAGUUGUCAAAAUUGUAUCAGAGGAGCUAGUGUUCAGAAGACGUCGACAGUUGGACACCUCAGCCAGUCCAUCCACCACCACCACCACCACAAUUACUCUGGAGUUUGGAGAUCUCCCUCAGGUCAACAUUACGCAACCCUCGACCCCCUCCGUUGCCCAGGACAUCCAGGUGGCCGGGGAAGUGGAUGACAGUGUUGAUAUUGAGGACGAGUCGGGUUCAGUGAACCAGACACAAAGUGGCAAUCCUCUGAACGUGGACCCUCCGCAGUCUCUGGGGGACUUUGUGUCGAGUCUCAAUGACAGUGUCAAUCAGUACGCACAGCUGGUGGAGACGUACCUGGAGCAGGCCAACCAGACAAUGGCUGCCAAUUUGAUUGGAGACUCUGUCAUCAAUGCUAUACUGACAAAUCAAGUGGUUGUUGAGAAUGCUACCAUCACUGGAGCGGUGGUAGUUCCAGCUCCCCCUCCCCCUCCUCCCUCUCCUCCCGUCAUUCCUCCUGAGUAUGAGAAUGUGACUAGUGGUGAGGAUGGUGACAAUGUGACAGUGGACCUGGUGACUGUGCUCGAGGAGGUGUUGGAUAUUCUCGUUCAGACAGAGGUCGUUGCCAUGGAGACCACCACAAUGACUGUCGUCGGGGGAAACGAGAGCAUUCGAUAUGUGAUUCCUGACAGAAUGGUGGUUACCAUGGAACCCAGAGAAGAGACGGGACACCUGGUUCAUGUGAAACUGACAAUAUAUGAUGCCAAUGGAGAGCGGGUGAGGAACUUGGGACUAGUGACUCCAUGGAUGUGUCUGGCUUCCCUCAGUCACAGACAAAGACUCCCGGAGAAUGAACUGGCCCAGCUGGAAGGAGAGACGUCAGUACCGUUUGUGGACGGAGUGGCAGAGUUCACUCGUCUGAGAGUCGACCGGAAGGCAGAGGGACUUUCCCUCUCGUUCACCACAGUCCCAGACCGGUUCCAGUCUGAGACCUUGAUAGAGUUCAGUGUGGUCCCAUUCCAUGACACUGUCGAGAGGAAACAGGUCUCAUUCCUGUUGUCUGGUGUCCUGGUGCCAGACUCGGUGGAAUGGAAUGGGGACGAGGUAAUCCAACAGGUAGUGAGACAGGUGGGCGUGGCACUCGAUGUAGACCCGUCCCGGAUCCAGGAUUUGACUCUCCAGGAACUGGAAUGGCACGGAGAGAGAGUAUUGUAUGUGGAGUUGACAAUGUUGGGAGCCCACCAGAGCGACCCACCAGAUGUCCCGUCUCUCCAGGAGGCUGGGAAUUCUCUCCUCGCACUUGUCAACUCUGAAUCACUCACCAUUGAAGUGGGUGGAGUCCCGCUGACGGCUGUGAGGGAGACGUUUGACAUCACUCCCUCCCCACCUCCCACCGUCUCCACGGCAACAGGGGAUGGGCUCGACAACGGCGACCUCGUUCUGAUUUUGGCGGGAGGUGGAGCUGUGUUUGCCGUCGGUCUCUCGGUCCUUCUGGUGGGUGUGGCUUGGUGUCUGGUGUGUCGACAGAAGAAGAGGAGGAGGAGGAAGGACAAGGUGAAGAAGGUGGGACACAAUGGCUCCUUCUCUCAGUUCCCAAGACUACAACCUACCUCCAAGGUUAACCCAGUAGCUGACAAUGAGGGAGAGAGUUCAGAUGACGAUAUUGAGGUGGUCCACUCGUAUCGACAGACACAUCACUCCCCCACCACCCAAACUACACACCUCCCUUCAAGUCCUGAUCUGUGGGACUAUGGUUCAGAUGAUGAUGCUGACUCUGACUACUCCAGCUACAACCGCAGUGACAAACACCUGGAUUGCUGGGAUCCAAAACCAUCGCCACAGCAGCUCCGGGGAUCUUUGGUGGGUCCAAAUGUUGGUCGGCAGGUGACAUCUCUCGCAGUUCUUGCCAAAGCUCAGAAGAAGGACUCUUUUUUACCCGAGAGACUACGGGAAACAGAAGAGGGAAUGUCUGGAGGUGUGGAAGGAGGAGAGGGGGGGAGAGAGGCCACGUACCGAGCCCUCAUCUCGGCCGCAGAGGAGGCGAAGGACCAGCUGUUGGCUGACAAGAUCAGAGACAUGAUAGAGAAGAUGUGA